AUGGUUGGUCGGGACGGUGUUUCAGCCGUUGAAGACCCUCAAUGUCCAAUAACGGGGGAAAACGGCCUCAUACUGAGUAGUCUAAAAGCAUAUGUGAAAAACCUAGAUUCCAUUGGUCGGAUUGAUGUUAUCGAAUUCAACCUCUGUGAAAUUCAACUCACCAAUUCGAUUGUUCAGAAAUCAAUACUUGACAUUCUCAUCCGUACUUAA